AUGGCUAAAUUGAGGACCGUCACUCCGAAAAAGGGUGCGAAACCCAAAGGCAUCGACACGCCUGAGUCCGCUCCACGCCGUUCGGCGCGAGACACCACACCUUCUGCGAAAAAGGUCGCCGCCGAUGCCCUGUCCGCAGUGUCGAAGGUCGUGAAGAGUGUCACUCCAGCAAAGUCUACGCCUGCUAAAGCGAGUACCACGAAAGCUAAAGCCACCACCGCCAAAGCAUGUCCAGCUAAGACGACACGCGCCACGACCAAGAAGUCCCCAGCAAAGGCCGAUGCUAAUGAGACGCCUGUGGAAGAAUCGCCAGCAAAGUCACGAGGCCGUCCCAGGAAGGCAGCAGCGACAGAGCCAUCCAAGGCUGAACCCAGCGGUGUCGCGAAAGAUACGAAACCCAUGCGCUUUCGCAGAGCUGGCGAUCCUUUGGCUACCGAGGACAACGGAGGCUGGAUCCCUAUUACGAAGAAGGCAAGCCCGGCCAAGCGAGGCGCAAAGGCGAAAGCCACUGGCGAUAAAUCCUACAAGAACCAGGAGACCGUCGAUGACGACAGUGAAGAUGAUGAUGGCGGUUUCAUGGGUAUCGUGCAGUCGAUCGAGGCGCUGAGUCCGCGAACGCCAAGCCGUCCCCGGAAGGAGAGCCCUUCUCGUGCGGUAUCCCGAAGUCCUGCACCCAGAGGACGUCGGCAGAGCCCGAAGAAGACGUCAGCAGCUGCACCAAAGAGCCCAGUCCGAGCGACCAGCAAGUCUCCGAAGCCACGGACCGUAGCCAAAGCGCGAUCGAAGAGCCCGCAGAAGAAAGCGCAAGCAAACGUUCUGGACGAAGACUCUGAAUUCCCGACCAAAACGCGCUCAAAGAGUCCCGCAAAGCCGGCGGCCAAGAGCCGCUCGAGGAGUCCAGGCAAGCGAGCGCCCGUCAAUGUUCACUUCCAAGACGAGGAAGAAUGUGAGCCAGAACCGGAUUUUGCGGAACUUCCGCCCAGCAGACGUUCUAAGAGCCCAUCGAAGCCGAAGACGACUGCUUCAAGCGACGAUCCCUCUGUCACAGCCAGAAAGCGUUCUGAAAGCCCAGCGAAGAAGGCAGGACCGGGACGUCCCAAGAAGCGACCGACGGAGAUCUCAACACGCACACGCUCGAGGAGCUCGGCAUCCCGAAGCCCGAGUGUUGAUGCCGCCCCUGAGAAUCUCAAAAUACAGAAGACGAGGGGUCUUGGCAGUCCCGUGAGAAUCCAACAGCCAGGCGCAAACGCAUCGCGCACUUUCAGUCCGCACAAACCAGCAUCGCAAGCCGGUCUACCUCAAACAGCCAUGAGGCCACGCAGCCCCAGUCCCGACAAGGCCGGAAAAGGCAAAUCAAAGAGCUCAACAACAAACAAAGCACGAUCACCGUCCCGCAAGCCCGACUUCUUCACCUGCUUCAACUCAAACUCGAUAGAAGGCAAGAUUUUGCAGCGCGUCGAAGCAGAAGCCUUCAAAUUUGCAAAAGCGAAAUUGGCAAAGAAUGAACCCUUCCGCGAAGUCCCGGACUGGAAGGCUGAGCACUACGAAGUGAUUGCAUUCAAGCGCGGCUUGGAUCGGGCGAGGAAGGAGUUUGCUAUGCGCACUAUCGCGGGUAAUGAGGAGCAGCACCAGAAGAAUUCACCCAAGAAGCGAUCGAGGUCGAAGUCGAGGUCGAGGUCGCCGAGCAAGAGCAAGAGCAAGGGUGAAGGUGGGAGCGAGCCGCCCAGUGUCAACGGAGUGGAUCCGCCUUCUGAAAGCGAGGAGAGUGAACUGGACGAGGACCGGGACUUCGUCUACGACGCUCAAACUGGCCCUGCGAAGAGGGUCCCGGCCAAGCGCAAGGCAGCCGACAGCCUGCCAUCUCCGCUCAAGAAAAUGGCUCGCACGCCCAGUCGCGGCAACAGUCCCACGAAGCGGUCUCCGACCAAAUCCUCACCACCAAAAGCCAAAGGCAAGCGCAAAGCCGCCACCACCAGCGAGCCCCCUCCCCUCGUCCGCGAGGGCGAGUCCUCAGCCCCGAACCGCGGCCCCAUCCAUUCCUCCACCAACCCGCAGUUCGUGCGCGGCAUCGACAACAAGCGCAACCCGUUCUUCGAAAGCAUGCCGGCGCCCGAGGUGUGGCAUAGACGCAUGCCGCCGUACUUUCCGUUCGGGGAGACGCCGUAUAUGGAGCAGGUGAUGAGCAAUCAGAUCAGUGCUGAUCUUGCGAAAGGCGAGAAGCCCGCUAAAGAAGCCUCGGGUUUGAAGUCUCUUUGGGGGUGGUUCGGAAGCAAGUCAAAUGCUGAGGCCCAGAAAGUCGAGAGCACGGCCCAGGACGGCGAGAAUCGAGUUCUUCCAGGACAACUGCCGUCAGCGACCGACGCUGAGAUCAAGAGGUUUGCGACGCAGCUCCAAGGGCAGAGCAAGGGGCAGAAGCGCAAGGCGUCCGAUGAACAGGUGGCGGCGCCGUCCUCCAAGGCGCCGAAGAGGCGGCGUGGCCCGGGGAGUGAUGAGUAG